AUGAUCUCGACCGCACUCGGCGGCAUAUGCCAGAGCCUGCUGAUCAAUUACGGCAUCGGCUACUCCGCCUCGCUGGGUCACGCCUACUCGAUCUUCCUGACGACGGCCUGCGCCUGCCUCUUCAGCACCGGCAUACUGCUGCUCUGUUACCUGGUCUCCGCCCCGUCUGUGGCACUUAUCCGACAGUCGAUAUUUGAGACGCUGUUCAACGGCGUGGCGGCCGUGCUGUACCUGGGCGCCUCAGCGUUUCUUUCCUUUACCGUACAGUCGGUGUUGUGGCCACAGUAUGUGGUGACUCCUUACUUCCAGGUGUAUCCAGCGCUCACUGCCGCCUACUGCCUGGGCCUGGUCGUCGGCUGUGUCCACGGGUACGACGCGUUCCUGGCGUACCGCUGGUACCGACACCGGCAGUGA